AUGAAGGUCAUAGCAAUUCUGGCUCUGUUCGGUGCCAUCGUGGCAUGCCAAGCCUAUCGUAAAAAGGGAUAUGGAGGUGACUAUGACGAUGGCUAUAAAGGUGACUAUGGCGAUGGCUAUCGAGGUGGUUAUAAAGGUGGCUAUCUAGGUGGCUAUGGAGGUGGCAAAAAAGUUGGCUAUGCAGGUGGUUAUGCAGGUGUAGAUAAAAGCGGCUAUGGGGUUGGCAUUGAAGGUGGUCAUGGGAGUGUCUAUGGUGGCAAAUAUGGAGGUGGCUAUGACGGCUACAAUGGCGGAAAAUAUGAUAAAUAUAACAGAGGGCGUGGAGGAGGGUAUGGCGGUGGCUACAGUGGCGGUUACGGCGGUGAAAAUGGCGGCUACGGUGGUAACGGUCACGGUGGUGGCUUGAAAAAAAUCCUGGGUCAUGAAGGAGGAUAUGGAAGUUACGGUGGCGGCUUCGGCGAUAACGGUGGUGGCCAUGGUGGUUUCGGUGGCGGCUAUGGCGGAUACCAUUCAAAAAAAUACUAA